AUGCGGGCGGCCAUUAAAGAAGCCCAUUUGGCAUUGGAUAAAGGGGAAAUCCCCAUAGGGGCGGUGGUGGUGGCCAUGGGUCAAAUCAUAGCCAAAGGCCACAAUUUGACCCAAACCCUGACCGAUACCACCGCCCAUGCCGAAAUGCAGGCCAUUACAGCGGCAUCGGGUCAUUUGGGUAAUAAAUACCUGAAUCAAUGCAUCUUAUACGUAACAUUGGAGCCGUGUGCCAUGUGCGCGGGUGCACUGUAUUGGAGUCAGAUGGGGGAGGUGGUGUUUGGUGCUUAUGAAAUCAAACAUCAACAUCCCAAGACGUACCACCCCAAGACCAAAUUAUUGGGGGGCGUAUUGGAAUCUGAAUGCGGUGAACUGUUGCAACGGUUUUUUAAAACCAAGCGUUAA